AUGGGAUUUGCGGAUGGAUAUUUGCCAUGGAUGGGAAGACGUUUUGUUAUGUUAUGCUCGCAAAGUUUGGCUGUUGUUUUCUUCGCCUGUGUUAUCUCGUUCCUUCUCACCGAUCAAAAAGUUAGUUUAACAUUUUUUUGAAUAAAUAAAAAAAUAUUUUUUAGGGUCAAUGGUUCUACACUGCCGCCUAUCUUUCCGCAUUCGUCUUCACUUCCAUCGUUUGGGAACCUUGCUAUCUUUGCGCAUCUGAACUUAUGCCAACUGAUGUUCGUGCAACUUCAACCGCCAGUUGCUCAAUCAUCGGAAGAUUUGCAAACAUCGGAGCAUCAAUGCUUAGCGGACUCAAAACUGUUUAUGAGCCAGGAGUUCAUAUGAUCUCAAUUAGUUUGGGAAUUAUCAACAUUGUUGCCGCCUAUUUUAUGUUGGAAGAGACAAAGAAUUGUAGUUUGGAUAAGGCUGGAGGAGGUGCAAAGGCUGCCGAAAAAGCCAAUGAACAGGAAAUGACUGAUCUCAUUAAGAAGAACGAGGAAUUGGAGGAAGAUGUUGAGAAGAAAUAA